CUACCGCCCCACCAUCCACAGAUCCAGACACACACACCACCACACACAAUGUUCCAGCUCGUAACACGACGCCUGGCCGCCGGCGCCGGCGCACGAGCAUUCAGCGGCUCGGCCUGCUCCUUCAAGGCGACUGGCCCGCUCCCAGUCUUCACGUCGACGUCCAACCCAGAACUCGACAAACUGCUGUCGACGAUUCAAGAGGAGCUGUUUAUCCCGUCGCACCUUCUGCGGCGCCACAAGACGCUGCAGCACCGGCAACGAAACCACCACAUCCUAGCCGAGGAGCCGUUAACAGUCGACGUUUCCGGGGUGCCCGUCACGCUGACGGCGAAGUCGCGCGAGGUCCCCGUACCCAUCAAGCUGUUCACGCGCGCGCUGGGGCUGAUGCAGCAGCCGGGAGACCUCGAUGCCAUUCCCGGCUUGGUGCAGGGCUACGCUCAGGCGAAUAGACGAAUCAGGGACGAGCAGGCUGAGAAGCUCGCUCGCAUGUGUAACUUCCACGGAAGGACCGAUAUCCUCAUGACGUUGGCGAGGACCGCCGGCAAGAAUGGUUUCCGGUUCUCGAGGCCCGCGGCGAGAGAGUUCAUGCGCGGCCUCAGGAUGGCGGCUAUGCUGCCGGGCAAGGAGGCUAGUGUUAAGGCGAUCAAGAAUGGCCAGGCGCUCCUGAAUUGCCUCGGUGAGCCGCUGAUGAAGGUGCGCCCUGAUGAGAGGCUGAAGAGGGACCCGGUGGUGGUGGGGACGCUGCUGUCGAUGGUCGCUAGUACGUCUGUGAAGUUCAAUGAAGGGAAAGACUAUGAAAACAGGACGAGGCAGUGGGUGCAUAGGCUCCAGGCUUGCUGGGAGGAUGUGGAGUGGUACCUGGAUUUGACUCCGAAGGGAGCGGGGGAUAGAAAUCCGGUGUACAGGGCCAAGGCUGCGGUGUUGGAUUACUUGCCCGUGCUGGAGGGACUGUUUGCGGCUAGGGAUAUGCUCCAGGGAACGGAUCAGAGUGCGUGGUUGGAGGCGGAGAGCGCGAAGCUGAACAACACCGUCGCUGGAUGGAAGAAAUUCUUGGAUGAGAACUCGCCGGGUGAGCAGUUUUGGGGUGUACAUGCGUACAAGAGGGUGGCAGAGAGGCUGGCGAAGGAGAAGGAGUUGGCGGCAGAGGUGGAGGGUGAAGUGAGUGAUGAGGUAUAUGAGGAGGCAGAGGAGGAGGUGGAAGACGAGGCGGAAGGGAAGGUGAAGGAGGUUUAGAUGUGGAGGGUUCUUGUACAAUAUCUUCUUUCUUCUAUCUUCUUUUCUUCUGGCUGGUGGGAUCUACGAUGAGUAAAAUGCACAU